AUGAUAUUUGUAUCAAGCGAGGAUGUUGCGGACCCAAAAAUCACAAUCUCCGACUUCGGCGAAGCCUUCUUCGAUAAUGAGGAAGAACACACAACUCUACGAGCUCCAAUCACUCUACUACCCCCGGAAUUCUUUUUUCACGAGCGCCUCGGUCCUGCGGUUGACGUGUGGACGCUCGGUUGCACUCUCUGCGAGAUUCUUGGCGAGCGGCAUUUAUUCGAAGGGUUCAUGCCGGACCAGGACGACAUCAUUGCUAAAAUACUCAGCACUCUGGGCGACUUACCAAAGCGCUGGUGGGAGCAACGGGAACACAGAAACGACUUCUUGAAGAUGAUUCAUGGAAAGAAGACACGCAACGAAAUUAUUCGCCAUACUCGAGACCCUUGCGAGCCAGAGGAUGAAGAGCUUGCCGAGAAGCUUCAGAUAGAUCUUCAAAAAGACAACGAGAUAGGAGAGGCACGGGUUCAACGGCUCCGCGAUCAAGCUCUCAUCCAGGGCACCCCUGAGUUCAACGCGCUCCGCGAUCGCAAUGCCGAAAUCAAGCACAACAACGAUAGCCUCAAAGCCAAGCGUCUUCGCAAGGGCAUCCAGCUCCCAUUCACCGUUAAGAGGUUCUUCAAACACACCCCGAUCGUGAGGCAGCGGGACAAGCCAAAGACGAGAGGCAAGAGCAAGGGCAAGAGCAAGAGUAAGGGGGGGCUUGAUGGCUAUCACUAUGCCAAUCGAAUCCUCCGCGGUAUGCUGAUACCCUAUUAUCAAGCCGUUCAAGCCGAACACCCUAAUAAGGAGGUUUAUUUGACGCUUAACAAUAGCGGCGUCCACGAUUAUACUCUCAGAAUAUAUAAAGACGUGCUGGAGGAGGCUGGGGUUAAGAUAGCUGACUGGCCAGCCCUAUCACCAGACCUCCAUUCAAUUAAGCAGUGCUUUAACGCGCUAAAGGACUAUACCGUACUAGAGCGGUGGACCAGCUCUAGCCAAGAGGCUAAAGAUGAGGCCAAAGACCUUAUCACCAAGAGUUGGAAGCAUAACUGCCGUUAA